AUGUUUCGGCAGUUUUCCUCUGCCGGACGGCUAGCCAGCGGGCCUAUGUCCUUUGGCAAGCGCGGGCUCUCGACAUCCUCAUCGGAGACUAGCAGCGCCUGCAGCAACGGAGUGAUCGGCGUGCGCCACUACUCGAUGUCAGGCAAAAGAACGCCCCUGGCACCAUUCCCGGCAGUCAGGCAGCAGGAUAAGCAGCAGCAGCAGCCGACGGAAACGAUUCACCCAACACUCAGCAGUCGGAGCAAGGUUCCCAAGUUCACGAUGCCUCGGUCAGAAUUCAUGACCGCCAAUCUUUUUGCACAGCACCGUCAGUUGGUUGAAGUCCCCGAGAUCACUUAUAUGGAUAUGGGCAGCCAGCCCAGAGCCUCGUUUAAGACGAUUUCGGAACUGUCAAUGUGCAAGGGUCUGAGUUCGAAGGAGGCCAAUGUGCCUAGUGCCAAGCUGAAGCAGAUUUACGCUGCGCCGGCAUCCGUUUACAUGCGGGUGACCCCGGAUGCGCUGAUCCCCGAGGCCAUGCGCCUGGGACCUCUGGCCGAGCCUCUGUUGGGGUCGGAUUCCUUCAGCGACGGUAUUGGGUCGCUGCAGAUGUUUGGGCAUCAGGAUGAGAUGAUGGCGUUUGUUGAGGAGUUCUUUGAUACGAUUUUGGUUAAUGCCAAGGAGGCGCCUACCCCUGGUAUGUGGAGCAUUAGGAGGGAGAGAAGGGCUGUGGGGGCACGCUGGAUGGGCCGCGAUAUGGUUGAUCCGAUGGACGAGAUCAACAGUGUGGAUUACCAGAUGACCAGCGUGCGGCGGAAGCGCAAGACCAAGAUGAACAAGCACAAGCAUAGGAAGCUUCGCAAGCGCACUCGCGCCCUGAGAAAGCGUCUGGGCAAGUGA